AUGUCGGGCAAGAAGGGCGCAGGAAGAAAGAUCAAUGCCUUAGAAACGAAAAUCCAUAAAGCCGCACUGACGGCUGGACGACCUCUGACCCAGAAGGAAGUCGACGCGCUAGCACCAGAUCCUGCAUCCAGAAUCAAUGCUCUAAACUACCUCUCAUCAUCUGGUUUACUCCGACCACAACAAGAUGCUAGCGGUUUGCUAUGGAGAGCCGUCACGAAGCAGGAAUUUGAGAUUAAGCAGAGUCUCAAUGACGAGGAAAACAUGGUCUUGAAUUAUAUUCAGGCUUCCAGUACGCAGGGCAUAUGGACUAAGCAUAUCAAGUCGAAGACGGAGCUUCAUCAAACCGUUGUCGACCGCUGUCUCAAAUCCCUCACACAGAAGCAACUUGUCAAGGUCGUCAAAAGCGUCAAGUAUCCUACCCGCAAAAUCUACAUGCUCGCCAACCUUGAGCCUUCCGUGGAGCUUACCGGCGGUCCUUGGUACACCGAUAACGAACUCGACCUGGAAUUCAUCAAAGCUCUCACCCAGUCGUGCCUGAGUUUCAUCCGCGGCCGCACUUUUCCUAAACCGCGUCCAGAUGUGGUGGAAACCGCUCAGCCAUUAUUCGCUCCCAGUGCCGCUCCUCGAUAUCCCGAUGCUCAUACCAUCAACGUCUGGAUUGCUAAGAACAACAUCACUCCGACCGAACUCACGGAUGAGCACGUCGAGGCUAUUCUGAGCGUCCUUGUGUUGGAUGGGGAGAUUGAACGCCUACCAGCUACCAGCGCCGCGGUGUUCGAUCUGAACCCAGACGGGUCUGAUUCAGACGAAGAUGCAGAUGACGACCACAAGUCUAAGAAACGCAAGAGGUCGUCUUCGUCCAGAAGCAAGAAGCGACGCCGGACGCACUCUGAGUCGGAGGACGAAGACGCAUCUGGGUCCACCGACGAGGAAGAGCGCCAUAGAAGGAAGAAGAGCAAGGCUAAGAAACGCAAGCGUACGCAUUCUGACGACGAUAUCUCGGACGACCCGGAAUCGAGCCCCGACGAGAGACGCAAGCGCCAUAAGAAGCGCCGCAAGGAGGAAUCCGAUUCUGAAGAUGGAUCUGGCAGCGACUCUGACGAUGCGCGCCGCCGUCGCCGCAAGCGUUCUAAAUCGCGCAAAUCGCGUUCGGAUGAUGAGGACGAAUCCGAUGAUGACAGGAAGAGCCGGCGCAAUAAACGCGCUGAAUCACCCGCGUAUGAUCCAUUUGGCGCAGUCGGCGGUGGGGGUAGUGUGUAUCGUGCCGUGCGACCCGAACGCGUAGCUUUGGGAUGGGCCGAAGCACCCUGCGGCGCCUGUCCGGUGUUCGAAUUCUGUACAACACCGUCGACGGGCCCUGUAAAUCCGCGCGACUGCGAGUACUAUGGUGGAUGGCUCGAGCGUGCAGUGGUGGCUCUCGAUGCUUGA